UAUCGCUGGCGGAUGUACACAAGCACACGCUAGUUUGAAGCGGUGUGUACCUCGGUUUCACUUGUCGUCCAUUCCGGUUAAUGCUGUUCAUUUUGCAGUAAGAACAGCAAUUUCACACAUGACAUUUUAACACCUGGUGCUAAAACCAUAACGGCCAGAUGAGUGGGCCAUACACCACCCUCUCUGCAGAGGUGGCAGAGAUGAGCCGCAUCCAUUAUCAGUUGGAGUACACAGAGGGCAUCAGCCAGAGGAUGCGAAUACCUGAUACCAUCAAGGUGGCUUCGGGGAACCCUUCAGAGUCCCUACAAUUUCAGCAGCCCCUGCCCAUUCACACAACCAUGAUGCAGGUGCCGGAGAGGAUCAUCGUAGCAGGUGAUGAUGGCGACUCUAACUUUUCUCGUCCUCGAGACUUGGAUCUGAUCCAAUCGAUCCCUCCCAUGGACCUCCUGAACAUGAAGGCCCCCCCACGUGUCCUCACUCUUGCAGAGCAGCCACUGGACUCUAUGGAAACGGAACAAACUGCCGCUUCUCAUAGCAAUCCCAGCCAGGUGGCUCACUUUCACUCUCGGUCUCGGAGGGAGCGCAGUGCGAGUGAGAACAUACAUGGCCGCCACAGCUGUCAGAGCGUCAGAGGUGAUGUAAGUGUAACCCCUUCCCCUUCUGCCCCCCCAGUCCGGUUGUGUCCCCCCCUCUGUUCCCCUGAGGAUGCGCACAUCAACCUGUUUACAGCUGCCGGCUUCAUGUAUUAUAUCCAGUCGACGACACGCCGGGCGUACCAGCAGGUCAUCGAGGUGCUGGACGACACCCCCCGCAGGUCCCACCUAGAGCUGGCUCUGGAUAUAAACCCUGAGGAGUCUGGCCUAAUGGACGCCUCGUCACUGCGACGGCAGAUUGUGAAGUUGAACCGCCGCCUGCAGCUGCUGGAGGAGGAAAACAAAGAGCGCUCCAAGCGAGAGGUGAUCCUGUACUCUGCUACGGUGACCUUCUGGCUCAUCAACACCUGGAUCUGGCUCCGGCGCUGAGGUUUGGACCAGACCGAGUCUCCCAGAACACUGGAAGCCAAAGCAAUUCCUUGUUAAAGGUGCAACCAUUGAAAUACACUACUAGUCUUUACUUAAAUUACAGUCAACCACAGGAAACUAUAAAAACAUUAGCAAAUGUCCUCCACCAUACAGUACUCUUUCUAAACCUCGCAAGUUCUAUUUUGGGAUUUCACUUCGGAAUGUAAAGCCUAGCGCUGUCAAGAUAUGAUCUUAAGCUGUGUUCACAUGAUAGUAAAACAGCUGUAUGCUGGCGUAUCCGUUGUGUUUCUAUGGAGGGAGCAGUGCUGCCCGACUAGGCGGCAGAGCUACGCUCGGCAUCGUGUACCACUUGAAAUGCACUGUGCUCAAAUUUCAAAAAUAAUUUCAAAUUUGACCUAGUUACCGCUGACCAUUUGUUGCACACCCAAUCAGGUGAGGGCUGUGUGUAGCGCCACAAUCUAGCAGAGGAGGUAAGGAAACACAACUGACUGUUUUCCUCUGCGCCCAACUGCCCGUAUCAUUUGAAUGCAGCUUGAGGCAGUAAAACAUUAACAAAAAGUAUUCAAAUCAAGAAUUCACACCUUGACAUCUGGUUACAAAGUAGUUCUAAUGGGGUACAAUACCAUUAGAACUAGAGGUAAAACUGAAAAUAAAUGUGAAUAUCUUCAAAUAUCCAUGUAUGGAUUUCACUCUUGCUAGACAUGGCACGUUGACACUACAGCUGGAUGUUUGCAAAAGGUUAGCAACUGCUUCGAUGUAAAAAGCUGAACCUACAUACAACACAGGUUCCUGUCAUACAAAUAUAAUUACAAAUCUGAAAAAUAUUGCUAAAUUAUUUUGAUAUCGAAUGAUUGUUGAAAACAUGUUGGUGCUGAUACUGUCAAAAAAUACAACGACAUACUUUGAAGCUUUAUUUGACAACAUCAAUAAAAGCUUUGAAUAAUAAUAAUUUGGUACAGCCAUACACUUAUCCGUAGGGAAAACUAAAUGUGGUACCGGUAAUAUAUAUAAUAAAUGGAUCAAAACAAGGAAUGCCUGGUAUAUUUCUCAACAAGCUUUGCUUAGCCUCCCUCACUUCAUGAUUAUUUAGUGCAAGUACUGCUGAUUGCACAUUUAAGCUUGAUAGAUUCUCUGUAAAGGAUGUUACACUGAGGCUGUGAGCUCAUACGCAAUGUUUCACUUCAGGAGAAGAAUUAUAAGAGGGGAACACAAGGAUUUACUUCUGCCACAAAUGUUUUGGGAACCUCAGACCUGACCCAUCCUGUCUGUUUGAAAAAAGGAAAAAAACUACCAUAAUAAAAGUGUCAAAUUCAGAUGUCUAAAUCUAGAGAUGCCAUAACAUUUACCCUGGAUGUCCUGAACUCCACACACA